AUGCCUAUGACCGACGAGACAGACGACAGCGGAGGGGUUAUCUUAGAUGGCCCCUUCGACCCUGACGCGCAGGCUACUGUCACAGACUUUAUUGACUACACUGAAUACCUCCCCGCAGACUUAAUUCGCUCCUUAACCCUCAUUCGCGGCCUCGAUGACCGUUAUCUCGACUCGGCGCAAGCGGUCCACCAGCUCACUCAGAUCUACGGCCAGCUCCCAGACCUUCCUUCAGAUGACCGACCUGGCGCAAUCGCACUGCGCAAAGAUAUAUCUUCUCAGGUAGACCGCGCUAUCAAUGCGCGUGAAUCGGCAUAUGCCGAGGCCUGUCGCCUCUACGACGUGGUAGAUCGCCACUUCGAUCGAUUAGGCUGCAUCCGUCAGAAGCUCGAAGCAUUGCCGAAACCUGCCUCAGCAGAACCGUCGCCUCCACCUGAACCUACACCGAAGCGCGCGCGAGGAGGCAAGAAGACCAACAAGGAUGCCACGACGCGUAUCACCCUUCGGUUAGAUAACAAUCGCAACCGGAGAGACAAGAAUAGGAGGCGCAUUCUAGGUGCCGAUGGCGCUUUUGACCCAGAUUCUCCGCUUGCCAGUACCGAGCAAUCGGACUUGGAAAGCGAACUUAUCAAAUCUGCCCCCAAGCCCGCACGACCCCCAAAGAAGGAGAAAGCACGUCGCUUGAGCUCGGGUAUUGGACAGUCAACAGCCCAGGCCCUGGCGCAGUUGAAACCGCCGCCAGCGGACGCGAAAUUGGGCAGCGAGGACCUGCCAUGGUUGCGCUUGACGGAAUGGGAGAUGACCAGGCUCCGGAAGAAAAUGAAAAAGAAUGCUGUGUGGCAGCCGAGUGAAGUAAUGAUUCACCGUGAGCUAGCCCUGGCAAAUCGCGGUUGGGAAGCAUACCGUGCAGCAAAGGCCCUGGCAGAAGAGACGGGUGGGGAGUUUAUUGACUGUGAUAAUAUUGAAGAAACCCGGCGCGGUGAGGCUGCCAAAGACUUGGAAGAGACAAAGUUGAGCAAUCGUGGAAUGAAGCUUAACGAAGCAAAGAAGUUGAAACGCGAACAAUUGGCCCGUGAACAAGCAUUGAUGGAAGGCGAAGGUGGUGCCUUGCCUAGACCUUUGCCAACCCCAGCCCAAGCACCCCCACCCGCGAAUCGAUCAUCACGGAAGAGGAAACGGGAAGAGCUUAUUCUUGGAGCAACAGAACUUGCUGCUCCCGAGCCCUCAAAGUCCGCUGCAGUUGCUACCCCCGUUGCACCGCCUGCCCCUGUCCCUGCGCCCUCUUCCAGGGCUGGCCCGUCUCGGCGCAGAUCCAGCCGAGGAAAUGCCGCAGCCGCAGAAACUAGCAACGACCUCGUUCUCCCUAUCAAAAUAAACAUGUCCCCCGCAGUUGAAGCCAAACCCUCCCCUCCUCCCAUCAGUCCUACAAACUCCGGACAAUCCAAUUUACCCCUUGUCCACUCUGUCACUACUCCCACACCGCCCGUCACUCGGCCUUCAUCACGGCGCUCUGCAGCCGCUGCCUCAAUCGAAGGAGGGACCCUCGUUACCAUCCCAACCGCAAUAGCAGCAAGUGGACGCGAUCGCCGCAUCAAAAGCGCAACACCUGCACACAAAACACCCAUCCGCGAGUCGCCAAAUGCGCCAAGUGUCCCCGCCCCGGCCCGUCGGCGCAAGCGUCCAGCACCAGGUCCCAUUUCCUCUGGUCAAGAUGGCGGCGCAGCAGUAAGCUACGGCCGUCGCAAAGCGAAGCCAGGAAAGAAGCGUUUCAACAUCCGCGACUCCCAGGAUGUCCGUGUAGACGAAGACGGCGUCCUAGAACAGAUCGACGCCAAUGAGCCUCGAUACUGUCUCUGUGGCGAUGUUAGUUUUGGAACGAUGAUCUGCUGCGAGAAUCAAGAUUGUGACCGCGAAUGGUUCCAUCUCAACUGCGUGGGUCUGACCGAGGUCCCCUCCCGUACGGCCAAGUGGUACUGCCCCCAAUGCCGUGUCAAGCUGCAUAAGGGUGAAGAUGGGAUCAUCAAGGGGAGCUCGCGACGCUAA